AUGACUCCUCCUCCUGGCCUUCAGGUACCUCCUGGAUCUGUUUGUCGCCUUCGCCGCGCUCUCUAUGGUCUCAAACAGGCUCCUCGUGCCUGGUUUGAGCGGUUUAGCACCAUUGUUGAGGCUGCUGGGUUUACUCCGAGCAUACAUGACCCAGCCAUCUUCAUUCAUUCUUCACCCCGUGGCCGGACCAUUCUUCUUUUGUAUGUGGAUGAUAUGAUUCUUACUAGUGAUGAUUCUGCUCACAUUGCUUUUGUGAAGCAGAAACUAUGUGAGACCUUUUUGAUGACUGAUCUUGGUCCACUUUGUUAUUUUCUGGGUAUCGAGAUCACAUCUCAUCCUGAUGGCUAUCGACUAUCCCAGCAGCGUUACACUCUUGAUCUCCUUGAUCGCUUUGGCUUGACAAAUACUCAUACCGCCGCUACACCGAUGGAGUUGCAUUUGCAACUUCGUGCCUCCGAUGAGGUUCCCUUCAGCGAUCCUUCUCGCUAUCGGCAUCUUGUUGGUAGUUUGGUCUAUCUUGCUGUCACACGUCCUGACAUCUCUCAUGCCGUGCACAUUCUCAGUCAGUUUGCUGCGGCCUCCACCUCAGUUCAUUAUGGACAUCUUCUCCGGGUGUUACGAUAUCUUCGAGGCACUUCCUCGCAUGGUUUGUUCUACUCGCACCAGUCCACUCUUCAGCUACAGGCCUAUUCCGAUGCUACUUGGGCCAGUUCUCUCGAUGAUCGAGCCUCUGUCACUAGCUAUUGUAUCUUUCUUGGGUCUUCACUUGUUGUGUGGAAGACUAAAAAACAGCAAACUAUUGCCAAGUCCAGUGCUGAGGCUGAGGUUCGUGCUUUAGCUUCUAUAGUACAAGAGGUGCUUUGGCUUCGCUCAAUUUUGCAGGAUUUUGGUGUCCCGAUUCAUUCUCCUAUUCCUAUUCACUGUAACAGUACGGGAGCUCUUCAGAUUGCAGCAGAUCCGGUCAAGCAUGAGCUGACCAAACACAUUAGUGUCGAUGCCCACUUCACCCGUUGUCAUGUCCGUGCUCAUACUGUCUCCCUUCGUUAUCUUCCUACAGAGGUCCAGGUGGCUGACUUUUUCACUAAGGCUCAGACACCUCCUUAA